AUGGCAAGCAAUACCACGAGCGCCGUUAAAAGUGCACAAGGAUCUUCUCUUUCGCAGUUUCUUACCACGCUCGUAACUGCUGCAGCUAUCGCUGUGCUCGAAAUCACAAUAUUCAUCAUUAUUAGAAGGAUGUUCAAACGUAUUUAUGCACCGAAAACAUAUCUCGGCGAUGAAAAGCGACGUGUCGAACCGUUACCCAACAGUCUUUUUGGUUGGUUACCGGCUCUGUUACGAAUGCCACAGGAAGACCUCAUUCGUACUUCUGGUUUUGACGCCUAUUUUUUCGCCCGUUACAUUUACGUGCAUGGCCUUUUCUUUCUGAGUUCUUUCGUACUAUUAGCCAUCAUUUUAUUUCCUAUCUACACUGUUGAUGGAAAAGGUGAAUCUUACGGCAAGAAAGGUCUCGAUCUACUAACGUUUGGUAAUAUUUCACCGCGUCAUUCUUCACGUUAUGCCGCUCCGUUAGUGCUUGCUUAUAUUUUCGUCGGAGCAUUUCUUUACCUCCUAUACGCCGAGAUGAAAACUUUCGUUGAAAAACGUCAAGCACUGCUGAGAAGUUCUGCCUAUCAAUCUCGCGCUAGUGCGACAACUAUUCUGGUGACUGGAAUACCUAAAUCUUAUAUGUCACAGGCUGUUCUCUUACGAAUCUUCGAUCAAUUUCCGGGGGAAGUGCGAUACAUCUGGCUCAAUCGAAAUCUUGAAGAUCUGCCUGACAAAGCGGACAAACGCACGAAAUUUGUAGAAAAACUGGAGACAAUCGAAUGUAAAUUGAUCAAAGCUGCACUGAAGAAAGAGGCCAAACGCCAGAAAAAUGCUAAUAUGAACGUGCAUUCAAUAGAGAAUGACGAAGGCAUCUUCGAUAAGUAUAUUCCGGAAACGAAACGACCAACGAUGAAGAUUGGGUCUAUUCCAGUGCUUUCUUCUUUGUGUUUCGGCAAAAAGGUCGACACGAUUACCUACUACAAAGAGGCCAUCUCUCAACUCAACACUGACAUUGAAAGGGCGAAGUUGACUCCACAAAAUUAUGCUGUUUUAAAUUCGGCAUUCAUUCAAUUCAAUCAACAAAUAGCUGCUCACAUGGCAGUUCAAAGUGUUGCUGCCUCUGUGCCUUUAGCAAUGACACCUCGUUACAUCGACGUGAAACCGGCAAAUAUCGUUUG